UUGACAGAUGGGGUUGAUGGGAAUGAUGGGGAUGAUAGGGGUGAUGGGGAUGAAGGGAGUGAUGGAGAUGAUGGAGGUGAUGGGGAUGACGUGGAUGAAGGGGGUGAUGGGGAUGAUGGGGGUGAUGGGGAUGAUGGAGAUGAUGGGGGGGCUGAUGGAGAUGAUGGGGGUGAUGAGGAUGAUGGGGUUGAUGGGGAUGAUGGGGAUGAUGGGGGUGAUGGGGUUAAUGGGGAUGAUGGGGAUGAUGGGGGUGAUGGGGAUGAAGGGAGUGAUGGAGAUGAUGGAGAGAAUGAUGGAGAUGAUGGAGAUGAUGGGGAUGAUGGGGGUGAUGGGGAUGAAGGGGCUGAUGGAGAUGAUGGGGCUGAUGGGGAUGAAGGGGCUGAUGGAGAUGAUGGAGAUGACGGGAAUGAUGGGGGUGAGGGGGAUGAUGGGGGUGAUGGAGAUGAUGGAGAUGAUGGAGAGAAUGAUGGAGAUGAUGGAGAUGAUGGGGAUGAUGGGGGUGAUGGGGAUUGUGGGGGUGAUGGAGAUGAUGGAGAUGAUGGAGAUAAUGGGGAUGAAGGGGGUAAUGGGGAUGAUGGCGAUGAUGGGUGUGAUGGGGAUGAUGGGGAUGAUGGAGAUGAUGGGGAUGAUGUGGAUGAUGUGGAUGAUGGAGAUGAUAAAGAUGAUGGGGAUGAUGGGGGUUAUGGGGAUGAUGGGUGUGUUGGGGAUGAUGGAGAUGAUGGGGAUGAUGUGGAUGAUGUGGAUGAUGGAGAUGAUAAAGAUGAUAAAGAUGAUGGGGAUGAUGGGGGUGAUGGGGAUGAAGGGGCUGAUGGAGAUGAUGGAGAUGAUGGGGGUGAUGGGGAUGAAGGGGCUGAUGGAGAUGAUGGAGAUGACGGGGUUGAUGGGGGUGAGGGGGAUGAUGGGGGUGAUGGAGAUGAUGGAGAUAAUGGGGAUGAUGGGGGUAAUGGGGAUGAUGGCGAUGAUGGGUGUGAUGGGGAUGAUGGAGAUGAUGGGGAUGAUGUGGAUGAUGUGGAUGAUGGAGAUGAUAAAGAUGAUGGGUAUGAUGGGUGUGAUGGAGAUGAUGGGGAUGAUGUGGAUGAUGUGGAUGAUGGAGAUGAUGAAGAUGAUGGGGGUGAUGGGGAUGAUGGAGAUGAUGGGGGGGCUCAUGGAGAUGAUGGAGAUGAUUGGGGUGAUGAUGCUCAUGGAGAUGAUGGAGUUGAUGGAGAUGAUAGGGAUGAUGGAGAUGAUGGAGAUGAUGGGGGUGAUGGGGAUGAAGGUGCUCAUGGAGAUGAUGGAGUUGAUGGAGAUGAUAGGGAUGAUGGGGAUGAUGGGGGUGAUGGCGAUGAAGGGGUUGAAGGAGAUGAUGGGUGUGAUGGGGAUGAUGGAGAUGAUAGGGAUGAUGGGGAUGAUGGCGGUGAUGGGGAUGUUGGGGGUGAUGGGGAUAAAGGGGAUGAUGGGGAUGAUGGAUAUGAUGGAGAUGAUGGAGAUGAUAGGGGUGAUGGGGUUGAUGGUGAUAAAGAGGGUUAUGGGGGUGAUGUGGAUGAUGGGGAUGAGUGGGAUGAUGGAGAUGAUGGUGAUGAUGGGGGUGGUGGGGAUGAAGAAGCUCAUGGAGAUGAUGGGGAUUAUGGGGAUGAUGGAGAUGAUAGGGAUGAUGGGGGUGAUGGGGAUGAAGGGGCUGAUGGAGAUGAUGGGGCUGAUGGAGAUGAUGGAGAUGACGGGAAUGAUGGGGGUGAGGGGGAUGAUGGGGGUGAUGGAGAUGAUGGAGAUGAUGGAGAGAAUGAUGGAGAUGAUGGGGAUGAUGGGGGUGAUGGAGAUGAUAGGGAUGAUGGGGAUGAUGGGGAUAAAGAGGGUUAUGGGGUAGAUGUGGAUGAUGGGGAUGAUGGAGAUGAUGGAGAUGAUGGGGGUGAUGAUGCUCAUGGAGAUGAUGGAGUUGAUGGAGAUGAUAGGGAUGAUGGAGAUGAUGGAGAUGAUGGAGAUGAUGGAGAUGAUGGAGAUGAUGGGGGUGAUGGGUAUGAAGGUGCUCAUGGAGAUGAUGGAGUUGAUGGAGAUGAUAGGGAUGAUGGGGAUGAUGGGGGUGAUGGCGAUGAAGGGGUUGAAGGAGAUGAUGGGUGUGAUGGGGGUGAUGGAGAUGAUAGGGAUGAUGGGGAUGAUGGCGGUGAUGGGGAUGUUGGGGGUGAUGGGGAUAAAGGGGAUGAUGGGGAUGAUGGAUAUGAUGGAGAUGAUGGAGAUGAUAGGGGUGAUGGGGUUGAUGGUGAUAAAGAGGGUUAUGGGGGUGAUGUGGAUGAUGGGGAUGAGUGGGAUGAUGGAGAUGAUGGAGAUGAUGGGGAUGAUGGGGGUGAUGGGGAUGAAAGGGGUGAAGGAGAUGAUGGUGAUGACGGGGUUGAUGGGGGUGAUGGGGAUGAUGGAGGUGAUGGAGAUGAUGGAGAUGAUGGAGAUGAUGGAGAUGAUAGAGAUGAUGGGGAUGAAGGGGGUAAUGGGGAUGAAGGGGCUGAUGGAGAUGAUGGGGCUGAUGGAGAUAAUGGGGAUGAAGGGGGUAAUGGGGAUGAUGGCGAUGAUGGGUGUGAUGGGGAUGAUGGGGAUGAUGGAGAUGAUGGGGAUGAUGUGGAUGAUGUGGAUGAUGGAGAUGAUAAAGAUGAUGGGGAUGAUGGGGGUUAUGGGGAUGAUGGGUGUGUUGGGGAUGAUGGAGAUGAUGGGGAUGAUGUGGAUGAUGUGGAUGAUGGAGAUGAUAAAGAUGAUAAAGAUGAUGGGGAUGAUGGGGGUGAUGGGGAUGAAGGGGCUGAUGGAGAUGAUGGAGAUGAUGGGGGUGAUGGGGAUGAAGGGGCUGAUGGAGAUGAUGGAGAUGACGGGGUUGAUGGGGGUGAGGGGGAUGAUGGGGGUGAUGGAGAUGAUGGAGAUAAUGGGGAUGAUGGGGGUAAUGGGGAUGAUGGCGAUGAUGGGUGUGAUGGGGAUGAUGGAGAUGAUGGGGAUGAUGUGGAUGAUGUGGAUGAUGGAGAUGAUAAAGAUGAUGGGUAUGAUGGGUGUGAUGGAGAUGAUGGGGAUGAUGUGGAUGAUGUGGAUGAUGGAGAUGAUGAAGAUGAUGGGGGUGAUGGGGAUGAUGGAGAUGAUGGGGAUGAUGGGGGUGAUGGGGAUGAUGGAGAUGAUGGGGGUGAUGGGGAUAAAGGGGAUGAUGGGGAUGAUGGAUAUGAUGGAGAUGAUGGAGAUGAUAGGGGUGAUGGGGUUGAUGGUGAUAAAGAGGGUUAUGGGGGUGAUGUGGAUGAUGGGGAUGAGUGGGAUGAUGGAGAUGAUGGUGAUGAUGGGGGUAAUGGGGAUGAAGAAGCUCAUGGAGAUGAUGGGGAUUAUGGGGAUGAUGGAGAUGAUGGGGAUGAUGGGGGUGAUGGGGAUGAAAGGGGUGAAGGAGAUGAUGGUGAUGACGGGGUUGAUGGGGGUGAUGGGGAUGAUGGAGGUGAUGGAGAUGAUGGAGAUGAUGGAGAUGAUGGAGAUGAUAGAGAUGAUGGGGAUGAAGGGGGUAAUGGGGAUGAAGGGGCUGAUGGAGAUGAUGGGGCUGAUGGAGAUAAUGGGGAUGAACGGGGUAAUGGGGAUGAUGGCGAUGAUGGGUGUGAUGGGGAUGAUGGGGAUGAUGGAGAUGAUGGGGAUGAUGUGGAUGAUGUGGAUGAUGGAGAUGAUAAAGAUGAUGGGGAUGAUGGGGGUUAUGGGGAUGAUGGGUGUGUUGGGGAUGAUGGAGAUGAUGGGGAUGAUGUGGAUGAUGUGGAUGAUGGAGAUGAUAAAGAUGAUAAAGAUGAUGGGGAUGAUGGGGGUGAUGGGGAUGAAGGGGCUGAUGGAGAUGAUGGAGAUGAUGGGGGUGAUGGGGAUGAAGGGGCUGAUGGAGAUGAUGGAGAUGACGGGGUUGAUGGGGGUGAGGGGGAUGAUGGGGGUGAUGGAGAUGAUGGAGAUAAUGGGGAUGAUGGGGGUAAUGGGGAUGAUGGCGAUGAUGGGUGUGAUGGGGAUGAUGGAGAUGAUGGGGAUGAUGUGGAUGAUGUGGAUGAUGGAGAUGAUAAAGAUGAUGGGUAUGAUGGGUGUGAUGGAGAUGAUGGGGAUGAUGUGGAUGAUGUGGAUGAUGGAGAUGAUGAAGAUGAUGGGGGUGAUGGGGAUGAUGGAGAUGAUGGGGAUGAUGGGGGUGAUGGGGAUGAUGGAGAUGAUGGGGGUGAUGGGGAUUAUGGGGAUGAUGGGGGUGAUGGGGAUGAAGGGGCUCAUGGAGAUGAUGCAGAUGAUGGAGAUGAUGGAGAUGAUGGAGAUGAUGGGGGUGAUGGGGAUGAAGGUGCUCAUGGAGAUGAUGGAGUUGAUGGAGAUGAUAGGGAUGAUGGGGAUGAUGGGGGUGAUGGCGAUGAAGGGGUUGAAGGAGAUGAUGGGUGUGAUGGGGAUGAUGGAGAUGAUAGGGAUGAUGGGGAUGAUGGCGGUGAUGGGGAUGAUGGCGGUGAUGGGGAUGUUGGGGGUGAUGGGGAUAAAGGGGAUGAUGGGGAUGAUGGAUAUGAUGGAGAUGAUGGAGAUGAUAGGGGUGAUGGGGUUGAUGGUGAUAAAGAGGGUUAUGGGGGUGAUGUGGAUGAUGGGGAUGAGUGGGAUGAUGGAGAUGAUGGGGGUGAUGGGGAUUAUGGGGAUGAUGGGGGUGAUGGGGAUGAAGGGGCUCAUGGAGAUGAUGCAGAUGAUGGAGAUGAUGGAGAUGAUAGGGAUGAUGGGGAUAAAGAGGGUUAUGGGGGUGAUGUGGAUGAUGGGGAUGAUGGAGAUGAUGGAGAUGAUGGGGGUGAUGAUGCUCAUGGAGAUGAUGGAGUUGAUGGAGAUGAUAGGGAUGAUGGAGAUGAUGGAGAUGAUGGAGAUGAUGGAGAUGAUGGAGAUGAUGGGGAUGACGUGGAUGAAGGGGGUGAUGGAGGGACUGAUGGAGAUGAUGGGGCUGAUGGGGAUGAAGGGGCUGAUGGAGAUGAUGGGGGUGAUGGGGAUUAUGGGGAUGAUGGGGGUGAUGGGGAUGAAGGGGCUCAUGGAGAUGAUGCAGAUGAUGGAGAUGAUGGAGAUGAUAGGGAUGAUGGGGAUGAUGGGGAUAAAGAGGGUUAUGGGGUAGAUGUGGAUGAUGGAGAUGAUGGGGCUGAUGGAGAUGAUGGAGAUGAUGGAGGUGAUGGGGAUGACGUGGAUGAAGGGGGUGAUGGAGGGACUGAUGGAGAUGAUGGAUAUGAUGGAGAUGAUGGAGAUGAUAGGGGUGAUGGGGUUGAUGGUGAUAAAGAGGGUUAUGGGGGUGAUGUGGAUGAUGGGGAUGAGUGGGAUGAUGGAGAUGAUGGUGAUGAUGGGGGUGGUGGGGAUGAAGAAGCUCAUGGAGAUGAUGGGGAUUAUGGGGAUGAUGGAGAUGAUAGGGAUGAUGGGGGUGAUGGGGAUGAAGGGGCUGAUGGAGAUGAUGGGGCUGAUGGAGAUGAUGGAGAUGACGGGAAUGAUGGGGGUGAGGGGGAUGAUGGGGGUGAUGGAGAUGAUGGAGAUGAUGGAGUUGAUGGGGAUGACGUGGAUGAAGGGGGUGAUGGAGGGACUGAUGGAGAUGAUGGGGCUGAUGGGGAUGAAGGGGCUGAUGGAGAUGAUGGGGGUGAUGGGGAUUAUGGGGAUGAUGGGGGUGAUGGGGAUGAAGGGGCUCAUGGAGAUGAUGCAGAUGAUGGAGAUGAUGGAGAUGAUAGGGAUGAUGGGGAUGAUGGGGAUAAAGAGGGUUAUGGGGUAGAUGUGGAUGAUGGGGAUGAUGGAGAUGAUGGGGGUGAUGAUGCUCAUGGAGAUGAUGGAGUUGAUGGAGAUGAUAGGGAUGAUGGAGAUGAUGGAGAUGAUGGAGAUGAUGGGGGUGAUGGGGAUGAAGGUGCUCAUGGAGAUGAUGGAGUUGAUGGAGAUGAUAGGGAUGAUGGGGAUGAUGGGGGUGAUGGCGAUGAAGGGGUUGAAGGAGAUGAUGGGUGUGAUGGGGAUGAUGGAGAUGAUAGGGAUGAUGGGGAUGAUGGCGGUGAUGGGGAUGUUGGGGGUGAUGGGGAUAAAGGGGAUGAUGGGGAUGAUGGAUAUGAUGGAGAUGAUGGAGAUGAUAGGGGUGAUGGGGUUGAUGGUGAUAAAGAGGGUUAUGGGGGUGAUGUGGAUGAUGGGGAUGAAGAAGCUCAUGGAGAUGAUGGGGAUUAUGGGGAUGAUGGAGAUGAUAGGGAUGAUGGGGGUGAUGGGGAUGAAAGGGGUGAAGGAGAUGAUGGUGAUGACGGGGUUGAUGGGGGUGAUGGGGAUGAUGGAGGUGAUGGAGAUGAUGGAGAUGAUGGAGAUGAUGGAGAUGAUAGAGAUGAUGGGGAUGAAGGGGGUAAUGGGGAUGAAGGGGCUGAUGGAGAUGAUGGGGCUGAUGGGGAUGAAGGGGCUGAUGGAGAUGAUGGGGGUGAUGGGGAUUAUGGGGAUGAUGGGGGUGAUGGGGAUGAAGGGGCUCAUGGAGAUGAUGCAGAUGAUGGAGAUGAUGGAGAUGAUAGGGAUGAUGGGGAUGAUGGGGAUAAAGAGGGUUAUGGGGGUGAUGUGGAUGAUGGGGAUGAUGGAGAUGAUGGAGAUGAUGGGGGUGAUGAUGCUCAUGGAGAUGAUGGAGUUGAUGGAGAUGAUAGGGAUGAUGGAGAUGAUGGAGAUGAUGGAGAUGAUGGGGAUGAUGGGGAUAAAGAGGGUUAUGGGGGUGAUGUGGAUGAUGGGGAUGAUGGAGAUGAUAGAGAUGAUGGGGGUGAUGAUGCUCAUGGAGAUGAUGGAGUUGAUGGAGAUGAUAGGGAUGAUGGAGAUGAUGGAGAUGAUGGAGAUGAUGGGGGUGAUGGGGAUGAAGGUGCUCAUGGAGAUGAUGGAGUUGAUGGAGAUGAUAGGGAUGAUGGGGAUGAUGGGGGUGAUGGCGAUGAAGGGGUUGAAGGAGAUGAUGGGUGUGAUGGGGAUGAUGGAGAUGAUAGGGAUGAUGGGGAUGAUGGCGGUGAUGGGGAUGUUGGGGGUGAUGGGGAUAAAGGGGAUGAUGGGGAUGAUGGAUAUGAUGGAGAUGAUGGAGAUGAUAGGGGUGAUGGGGUUGAUGGUGAUAAAGAGGGUUAUGGGGGUGAUGUGGAUGAUGGGGAUGAGUGGGAUGAUGGAGAUGAUGGUGAUGAUGGGGGUGGUGGGGAUGAAGAAGCUCAUGGAGAUGAUGGGGAUUAUGGGGAUGAUGGAGAUGAUAGGGAUGAUGGGGUGAUGGGGAUUAUGGGGAUGAUGGAGAUGAUGGAGAUGAUAGGGAUGAUGGGGGUGAUGGGGAUGAAAGGGGUGAUGGAGAUGAUGGUGAUGACGGGGUUGAUGGGGGUGAUGGGAAUGAUGGAGGUGAUGGAGAUGAUGGAGAUGAUGGAGAUGAUAGAGAUGAUGGGGAUGAAGGGGGUAAUGGGGAUGAUGGAGAUGAUAGGGAUGACGGGGGUGAUGGGGAUGAUGGGUGUGUUGGGGAUGAUGGAGAUGAUGGGGAUGAUGUGGAUGAUGUGGAUGAUGGAGAUGAUAAAGAUGAUGGGGAUGAUGGGUGUGAUGGAGAUGAUGGGGAUGAUAGGAUGA